CACUGAAAGCAAAAAAUUGGAUACAACAAACAAUGAUGAGAAAAUCAUUGCAUUCUCUUUUUCUAUUGCUCAGGACUCUUACUAUUGUUGUCAUGGUUCAAGCCCAGGAUCAAUCAGGAUUUAUUAGCCUUGAUUGUGGACUACCAGAAAAAUCAAGUUACACUGAGGACACCAUAGGCAUAAAUUACAUUUCAGAUGCUAACUUCAUUGAAACUGGUGUGAGCAUGAGUGUAUCACCUGAAGAUAAGGCCACUCAUCAAAAGCAACUAGGUUAUUUGAGAAGCUUUCCCAACGGUGCAAGAAACUGUUACAAAAUAAAUGUUGCAAGUGCCACUAAAUAUUUAAUCAGAGCUAACUUUUUGUAUGGAAACUAUGAUGGUCUAAAUGAGUUACCACAAUUUGAUCUUCAUCUUGGAGCUAAUUUUUGGGAAACAGUUAAACUCACCAAUUCAUCAUGGAGCUACACCACUGAGAUCAUUCACACUCCAUCAUUGGAUUAUGUUCAUAUCUGUUUGGUUAACACAGGGAAAGGGACUCCAUUCAUUUCAGCUAUAGAAUUAAGGAUGUUGGAUAAUAAGACUUAUGAUGCUCAAUCAUCUGGAUCAUUGGCACGUUUCCUAAGACUAGAUUUAGGUUCCAUUACCAACUUAACAUACAGGUACAAAGAUGAUGUUUAUGACAGGCUUUGGGAUCCUCUUAACCUAAAACAGUGGAAACAACUGAGUAGCACACUUACCAAUGAUGAACUAUCACAGAAUCAUUAUAAACCACCAGCAGUUGUGAUGAGCACUGCUGCUGCACCAGCAAAUUCUAGUGCUUCUCUUGAUCUAAUGUGGGAACCAAAUAAUGUGGAUGAGCAAUACUAUGUGUACAUGCACUUUAAUGAAGUUCAAAAGCUAGCAGCAAAUCAAACAAGGUCAUUCAAUAUCACCAUGAAUGGCAAGUUCUGGUUUGGACCUCUUGUACCUGCAUACCAAAGCACAACUACCAUAUAUAGUCCUUCAGCUGUAACUGGAGCAACAAAUUAUACUGUUUCGCUUUUUCGGACAGAAAAGUCUUCGCUUCCUCCCAUCGUCAAUGCUAUUGAGAUUUAUCUGGUAAAAGAUUUCUCACAAUUAGAGACUCACCAAGAUGAUGUUGCUGCUAUUUCAAACAUCAAGGAUUCAUAUAAUGUUGCUAGAAAUUGGCAAGGAGAUCCAUGUGCCCCAAUAGCAUAUAUGUGGGAAGGUCUAAAUUGUAGUUUUGAAGGCAAAAGUUCUCCAAGAAUCACAUCUUUGGAUUUAUCUUCUAGUGAAUUGACAGGGCAGAUAUCAUCCUACAUAUCCAAGCUCACUAUGUUACAAUACUUAGAUUUAUCAAAUAAUAGCUUAAGUGGAUCGAUACCUUAUUUUCUGACACAGCUACAGUCACUGAAAUUUUUGUACAAAGCUGCUGUGAACAUUCAUAUGAAGCCCAAAUAUCCAAAUGAGCCACCAAUAAAAGCCAAGCAACAACAAUAUUCAUUUAAUGAACUUGUUAAUAUCACCAACAACUUUGAAAGGUUGCUUGGUGAAGGUGGAUUUGGUAAAGUUUACUAUGGAAUUAUUGAUGACACUGAAGUAGCUGUCAAGAUUCUGUCUGCAACAUCAGAACAUGUAUAUCAGCAAUUUCUAGCAGAGGUUAAACAUAUGAUGAAAGUACACCACAAAAAUCUUACUUCUCUUAUUGGAUAUUGCAAUGAAGAGAAAAAUAAAGCUCUCAUCUAUGAAUACAUGGCAAAUGGAGACUUGGAUGAACAUCUCUUAGGGAAGAAAAGCAACCCAAAGUUCUUAACUUGGGAAGAUAGACUUCGAAUAGCUGUGGAUGCAGCCCAAGGACUGGAAUAUCUGCAUCACGGUUGUAAGCCGUUAAUAAUUCACAGAGAUGUGAAAUGCGCAAAUAUUUUGUUAACUGAAAACUUCCAAGCCAAAUUGGCUGAUUUUGGCUUAUCCAGAAGCUUUCUUGCUGACGGUGACACACAUAUCUCCACUGCCAUUGUUGCCGGAACUCUUGGUUACUUAGAUCCUCAGUGUACCAUGUUAAACAGGUUCACAGAGAAAAGUGAUGUUUACAGUUUCGGAGUAGUUCUUUUGAAGAUAAUCACAGGUCAACCGGCAAUAUCAAAAACCGAAGAUAAAGUUCACAUAAGUCACCGAGUUGAUUCCUUACUUUCUAAAGGGGAUAUAGAAGGUAUUGUUGACUCAGAAUUACAAGGAGAUUUUGAUAGUAGUUCUGUCUGGAAAGCUGUUGAAAUAGCAAUGGCUUCUGUGUCAUAUAGCCCUGACAAAAGGCCAUACAUGAGUGAUGUAUUGGUUGUGUUAAAGGAAUGUUUGGCAAUAGAGUUGGCUCGGAAACAAUCCAACAUUGACACAGAAAACACUGAUUUAAUUGAGUUCACCUAUAAUCUGACUUCUGAAACUGGCCCUUUGGUGAGGUAGUGCCUUUGUGAAAGUUGUGUUUUUCCUGUGUUUUAUUAUGUCACGUUGUACUAAGGAUUAUUAUGGUCAUAAAUCAUUCAACUAAAUUGCUUUAUUCUUUUUCUUCGAAUGUACAUUGUAUACACUAUGCAGCCAAGAUUUACAUAUAUAGUUCUCAGAUAUCAAUACGCAUGUAACUUGGCAAGCUCUGACUCCCUCAAUGAUCUACAAUUCAAAGGAAAGGUCCCAAAAAGAAAAAAACAGAACACCAUCUUCUUCACAACCUCUACAGUCAAU